AUGAAGAGAUCCCCUCCCGCCCCUCCUCCUCCUCAGCCGUCUCCUUCUUCUUCCUCGCCGGCAAGCUCACCUUCCCCGUCGUCGUCAUCGUCUCCGUCCUCCUCCGACUCGUCAUCGAUCGCCAUUCCCCGCAAGAGAGCACGGACGCAGAAGGCCGCAAGCAGCAAGGCCAAGGGGGCGGCCAAGAGGCCCAAGAGAGACGCCAGCCGGAGCAGAAAGCAGUCCGACGCCCCCUCCAAUGGCGGCGCCGCCGCCGCCGCCGGGAAGAGGAGCUCCAUCUACAGGGGAGUCACAAGGCACAGAUGGACAGGCAGAUUUGAGGCGCAUCUCUGGGACAAGAACUGCUUCACUUCCAUCCAGAACAAGAAGAAAGGGAGGCAAGGGGCUUAUGACACAGAGGAGGCAGCUGCUCGCGCAUAUGACCUUGCAGCUCUGAAAUAUUGGGGUCCUGAAACAAUACUCAAUUUCUCAGUCGACGACUAUGCCAAAGAGAGGUCAGAGAUGGAGGCCGUCUCAAGGGAGGAGUACCUCGCCGCCCUCCGCCGCCGGAGCAGCGGCUUCUCAAGGGGGGUCUCCAAGUACCGGGGCGGAAUCAACCAAAAUUACAGAGAAGCAGUUAAAUUUCUGCCUGCAUCAAUGGCCUUAUUUUUUUUUUCUUCUUCCUGCAGGCACCACCACAAUGGGCGGUGGGAGGCGCGGAUUGGACGGGUGCUGGGGAACAAGUACCUCUACCUGGGAACCUUUGAUACCCAAGAGGAAGCAGCCAAGGCUUAUGAUCUUGCAGCCAUCGAAUACCGAGGAGCCAAUGCCGUAACCAAUUUUGACAUUAGCUGCUACCUGGACCAGCCUCAGUUACUUGCACAACUGCAGCAAGGGCCACAGGUGGUGCCAGCAUUGCAAGAAGAACUUCAACAUGACCUCCAAAGUGACAAUGCAGUCCAAGAGCUCAGUUCAGAUGAAGCGCAGAUGCCUGGUGCCGUCGAUGAGCCGAUUGCAGUGAAUGACAGCACUGAAGGCAUCAACGCGCCCCUUGUGUUUGACUACAGCAUCGAGGAGAACCUCUGGAGCCCUUGCAUGGAUUAUGAAUUGGACACUAUUUUGGGAACUAAUAUCAGCAACUCAAUGGAUCUGAGUGAGUGGUUCAAUGAUGCCGCAUUCGAGGGCAACAUGGGGUGCCUGUUUGAAGGAAGCACCAACAUCGACGACUGCAGCAGCAAACAUGGUGCAGAUUUGUCAGCAUUUGAUUUUUUUAAGGAAGGCGACGAUAAGCAGAAUGAUGUUUCAAACAUGGAAAGAGAAAUAACUCCUCAAGCAAAUGAUGUCUCCUGCCCUCCAAAAAUGAUCACUGUGUGUAAUUGAGUAUCCUCGUGAAAGCGUGAGCGUCUCUGUGUUCUUAUAUCUCAGGAAGUUUUCAGAUUUUCAUGUUGGGUAUACUUCUUAGUUUAGCUUCU